AAAUGAGGCAAAGAAAGGAACGCGUAAAAUUGAGAUCCUCCCCAUAUUGUGUUAGCAGGUAUCUAGCUGGCUAAUAUCUAGCUAGCAAGACGGCUAAGGUUAAGCUAGCUGCAUUUAUGGCUUGACAUUAAAAUGUAACGUUCGAGUGAAAUAUAAAGUUUCACGGACUUGGUCCUUACGACGAAAGUGCAGACCCAGAGAGAGGCACCACCAUCUGACAUCCUAGGUCUGGAAGAUUAUGACCCAGUACCAACCACAGUCCAACCGUUCCAACUUCUUCACCGUGAAAGCCGAGGCCUCCUCAACACCACCUCUCGCCACCAGCAUGGCCAAUAGCAGCACCGCCGCUCCAGGGAAGGUGAUGGGCACACCUGGCCCUGCCGGCAGAAUCAGCCCAGAAGGAAGUCAGGUGUUGAGUAAAAAGAAGCUGCAGGACCUAGUAAGAGAGAUUGACCCCAAUGAGCAGCUCGAUGAGGAUGUGGAGGAGAUGCUGCUGCAGAUUGCAGAUGACUUUAUUGACAGUGUGGUGACGGCUGCCUGUCAGCUGGCCCGCCAUCGCAAGUCCAACACCUUAGAAGUGAAGGACGUCCAGCUACACCUGGAGCGCCAAUGGAACAUGUGGAUUCCUGGCUAUGGUUCAGAUGAGAUUCGGCCGUAUAAGAAGGCUUGUACCACAGAGGCCCACAAACAGAGAAUGGCAUUGAUCCGCAAAACAACCAAAAAGUAGCAAGACCUGGAACCAGCCUCGCACAAACACUCUGUGCUUUUUGUCUUUUCUCUGUGUAUUUCUAAUAAUGGGGGACAUUGUUUCACCCACGUCUCCAUCUCCCCCAGGUUGUGUGUGUGAUUUGUCAGCUCCACUAUCACACAAGUAUUUUGAUAUCUUGUCCUUUUUAAUGCUUUUCACCAUAAACUGGCCAAAAUCACACACUCUCUCAUUCAGUGUAAAUGUACACUCAGGUAUGAAGUGUUGUUUUUGGACAGUGUUUUGUUUUUUGGAAUUAUCUGUUCAACUUUACAUUUUUGUUAAGGGGGUAACCAUCAAACACACACACCUUCAAUAUGGUGGUGGCUACCAUACUCUUUCUCACUUUUUUUAUUUUAUUUUGUCUGGCAUGCGUUUGCUGUUGUGCGUUUAGUUUUUGUCAUAUAAACCCCCUUCAUCUAACAUCAGAAAUGGACACCUUUUGCAGUUAGUUAGUUUUCAGGGUACUUUCAUGGCACUAUGUUUUUGUGUGCUGUAGGGAUCUGAUGUCAUCUUCAUAGUUCAUUAGAAAAUGACCCAGGACAUUGUUUUUCAUAAGAUGUCAACAAUUAACUGAUUAUUAUUCAAAAAUCAUAAGUAUGUGAAGUAUUGCUUGUAUCGCCAGACUGCCGUGAGAUGGGGUUGGGUAAUGGUCCUUAUUUGGGGAUGUGUAGGGAAGCAGUAACAUUUGGUUUUACUUCAUAUGGCCGUGUUUUAGUUAAACCUGUUCCUUUUUAUUCCAUAAAUAAAACAAGAUUCAUAUUUCACUUGG